AUUGAACAGCGCACUGUUCAUUCAGUUGAGAUCAAGUCCUCAGGCAAACAUGAGCCGAACUAAACUUCAGUUGGCUGCUUACGCAAUUAUACUCCUCGUGUUGUCCUGCCGGCCAACAGAUGGCGCCAACAUCUUGGGCCUCUUCAGCACGUUCAGUCCAUCCCAUUUGGUGGUGCACAUGGCGAUGAUGCGAACCUUGGCCGAUCGCGGACACAACGUGACCAUUGUCUCGGCCAUGAAGCCAAAGCUAGCGCCACAUGAGAACAUUACACUGAUCAUGGCACCCUUCAGUGAAGAGACCUUGGCGGAAGUUAAUCAGUUCAUGGAGAGCUCGACCAAGGACAAGGUAUCGAUGAUUGCCACCAUCUACAGAAUGCUGAUGAAAACGGCCGUAAUGCUGGACUCUCAAUAUAAAUUCCUAUUGCAUCCCAAUGUGCGGGCCAUUUACGAGCGGCCGCAAACGAAAUUUGAUCUGUUGUUUCUCGGCUUCAUCUUCAAUGAUUACCAGCUGGGCGUGGCAGCCAAACUGGGCAUACCCGCUGUCAUCAGCUGGGUGGGCGUGCCAUUCAUGCAUAUCGACGACGAGGUGGGCAACAUCUACGAUCCGGCCUAUGUUCCCAAUUUUAAUGUGUGCGUGGAUAGCAGUCAACGUGCCAUGAACUUUGGCCAGCGCCUGAAGAACUACUUCACCUGGGUAAUCCUGAAGAGCAGCGCCAUCAUCUUGGAUAGGCGCAUGGUAAACUAUUACAACCGUGCCUUUGGAGCGGAUCUGCAGAUGCCCAGCUACUGGGAGGUUAGGCGGAAUAUCUCGUUGCUCUUCUACAAUUAUCACUCGCACAGCGAGGGUCCAAUCCGACCCACUGUGCCUCAGUCCAUAGAAGUUGGUGGCGUGCAGAAUAAGGAGCAGCCAGAUCCAUUGCCCAGCGAGCUGGCUGAGUUCUUGGAUAAUGCCAAAGACGGCGCCAUCUUCUUCAGCCUGGGCACCAAUGUCAAGAGCGGCUACUUUCCGCCCCAUGUGAUGGAGACCUUCUUCAAGGUACUCUCCAGCCUGCCGCUGCGCGUCAUCUGGAAGUGGGAUGAUCUGCAGCAUACGCCAGGCAAUGCCUCGAACAUCUACUAUCACAACUGGCUGCCACAGGACGACAUCCUGGCCCAUCCCAACACCAAGCUGUUCAUUACACACGCCGGCAAGGGCGGCAUUGCCGAGGCUCAGUACCAUGGUGUGCCCAUGGUGGCUAUGCCGAUCUUCGGCGAUCAGCCCAGCAAUGCGGACAACAUGGUCUCCGCCGGCUUCGGACUGAGUGUGGACUGGACCACGCUCACGGAGGCUUCGCUGGCGCAGACCCUCAACGAGGUGCUGCAGAAUUCCUCAUAUCGUGAGAAGGUGCGUAGCUUUUCGGCUCUCUAUCGCGAUCGACCGCUCACCGCACGCCAAUCGGUUGUCUAUUGGACGGAGUAUGUGUUGAGGCACAAGGGCGCCCACCACCUGCAGAAUCCUGCAUUGCAUCUCGACUUUGUCGCCCGCCACAAUCUUGACCUCUAUGCCUGUCUACUAAUCCUACUCGCAGUCUCUGUGACUAUUUUAAAACUGCUGCUGCGGUGUAUUUGGCAAACACUGCGACCACUCGCACCCUCUAAAGACAAGGUCAAGACACAAUAGACGCAGCUACAUCUUGUUAAUUCAACCGAAUUAAUCGACAGCACUCAUUACGCAUAACCAUCAAAUUGGCCAUUUAAAUACGCACAAAUAUAUAU